AAAAAUCUAAUUUAUUUUACUUUUGUUGAACGUCCCUUGUAGUGUAGGCUUCAGCAUGGCGGAAUGUAUGUGUCUUGAGAUUUAGUCCCGAGGCUCAUUGCCCAAAGCCUAACUCUAACUCUUACUCAAAACCCAAACCCUAUCCUGACCCUACCCUAAACGUAACACUUAACCCUACCCUAAUCCUAACCUCUAACCCUAACCCUAACCCUAACCCUAACCCUACCCUAAACCUAACACUUAACCCUACCCUAGUCCUAACCUCUAACCCUAACCUUGACUCAUUUGGGUUUCCUAAUAUAUUUCCAGGUCAUAUAGGAGGAUAUUGUGUGCAGUAUGUCAUAUAAUUACAUAUUGUACAUUGGGGAGGAGCGCUGGGAAAUGGCUGUUAUUUGAGUCUGGUCGUUUGCAUGCUGUUGGACAGUAGAGGGGUAUUUUUCCUCCAGUCAGGGUUGUGGUUGUACGUUUGUGGUCAGCUGGGCAGUAGUGCGAGGGGAUGGCUUUAUCUGCGCAGUCAGAGUCUGCUUGCCCUGAACGACCCCCCCUGGCUGCCGUUGGUGUACCGUGCCGGACAGGACAGAUCUGACCCCCCCCGCGGUCGCAAAGACGAGGAGCGGCUGCUUCCUGACAGGAUAUCAGCGGCCCCGAUAACUCCCCGCUGACCGCCACACAUCUCCCGUGCUGAUUGGCUGCUCCACCCAGGUGUGGUAGAGGGAGGCGGCCGCACAGCAGGACCAGAGCCAACGCAAACACACGCAGAAAUACACCUGAAGAGCCAGAGCUGAUAGAUCAGGGCACAUGCACAUGCGCAUGCACACACACACACACACACACACUCACACACACACACACACACACGCACACGUGCACACACGCACCCACCCAAAUGUAAAGCAAGGCAGUAUAAAAAGGUGCUGUACAGUAGGUGGUGGGGCCAGCCGCUGCCAGACCUAGAACAUACUGUACAACAUACUGUACCAGAGAACAAACAUACUGUACAUAAAUUCAUAUGUACUCUUUUUGUCUCAUCUAAUCUCAUCUCUCUCUCUUGCUCUCUCUCUCUCUCUCUCUCUCGGUCCCUCAGUGAUGUUAUAUAAUGGUUACAUAAGCAGAAAUGAAACAGAACUUUUUUCAGAGACUGUCUACAGAGACCCAAGACAAGAUACCCCACUUUCCGAACCGUUCCAAAGAAUAGAAUACUAUUACAGUAAUGCAAUAUUGCUGAGAAAGCAACGGCAAAUUUUUUCAAGUGUUUUGGAUCACACGGCUCGGUGAAGUUUGUUUGACUGAAAAACAUCGAGACACUCGAGGCUGACCAAAGCCAUGAUAGCUGACAGUUAUUCAGAACAAACCUCCUCUCUUUCACAUGACCAUGUUAUUUUAGUUAGCCGUGCGUUGUGCUGCAGAAUUCCCAGGGAUGUGCGGGAAAACUUUCCCUUUUGAACAGCAGCUGAAGAGCUGAAGUAUUCAUAAAGGGAGGGAGGGAGCGCGCUGGAAGGAAGAUUUAUUAAUUCUUCAUGACUGAGUUUGUCAGAAAAGAAAACGGCUGCGUGAAGCACAACAGCAGUUGAAGACGUGUGUACCGAAUGUGCCUCUGUUUGCAUGCAUUAAACAUGAGGAUUUCUGCUGCGGUGGCAUGGCAACCUUUCAGCCUGUGCGGUCUGCCUCGUUGUCACACGGCGGGUGUGGGUAAAAAAGAAAACCUAAUUUAAUUUACCAAAAAAUGCUUUGUGAGGGAUGAAGAAAUUGUGCGAGUUAUUUUAAAGAGCGGGUGUUGGCUUUGCGUCGGACGGAAAAUCACCAGCUCAAAUGGCUGCUGUAGUUGCUGCCAAGGGGCAGCAUUGCAGCUAAUGGGCCUGGAAUGUUAAAGAAUAUUUGGUUCCGGAAUCUGCAGCAAUUUAUUUACUCUGUGAAAUAGCGCUCAGACCAGGGGCCAGUAGCACCAGCUGUAAAUUAAGCACAUUCAAAUUGCGUCUUCAGAAUUGGCAAGAUAUUAGAAAAGUACCCGACUUCAAAUGCUAAGUAGCCAGAGCAAUUAUACAAAGUGCACCUUGCUCUUGGCGGAUUCUUUCCACUUUCAAAGCAAAUCUUGUUGCCCAUUUUUAUGUCAUUCAUUUAGUUAAAUGUGACCAUGGCAACCCCAUAUACCUGCUGAAAAAGUCUGCCACAUUGUAUAACGAGGAACAGAGCUGGCAGUUGUAUUGUUCAGGAUUGGUGGCAUGGAAGUAUGCAUUUUUGUUUUUGAGUGUGCACUUGCUAUGUUGAGUACCAGUGUGAGUGUGCACUUGUGGUUUUAAGUAUCAGAGUGUGAGUGUGAGUGUGCACUUGUGAUGAGAGUCCGACUGUGAGUGUGCACUUGUGGUUUUAAGUAUCAGAGUGUGAGUGUGCACUUGUGAUGAGAGUCCGACUGUGAGUGUGCACUUGUGGUUUUGAGAGUGCGUGACUGUAUGCAUUUGUAUUGUUGCCUGUGCGAGUGUGCACUUACGCUGUUGAAGAUUAGAGUUUGAGUGUGCGCUCAUACUUAUUUAUGAGUAUCGGUGUGUGAAUGUGCACUCAUGAGCAUCAGUGUGUAAGUGUGCACUCAUGUUGUUGAAGAUUAGAGUCUAAGUGUGCGCUCGUGGUCAUGAGUACCAGUGUGUAAGUGUGCACUCAUGUUGUUGAUGAUUGGAGUUUGAGUGCACUCUCAUACUUACGAGUAUCAGUGUGUCAGAGCUUUGGUGGGGAACAGUGUAGGCUAAGAAGGUAGGGGCACUCCAAGCUACUCUCCUUUGUUCUUCUUUUCAAUUUUUGUUCUUUAGUCAAUCCAGACAGAGCAGUGGAUUUAGAUGAGAAUGUACUGCUCUGUUUCGAUUGACUAAAGAACCAAAAGAGAAUUUAAAAGAAGAGAAAAGCAUUUUUUUUUUUGCCUUGCAGUUCCUAUAAUUUCUUACCUUAUGCUCCUUUUUUUAUUCGCAUCCAGUUCAUUUCAUUGGGUAAUCUAUUGUUUAUUUAUUGAUCCACAGAGCACCGUGUGCCCCGUUUUGGGACACAGUUUAGCACGUGCAGUGUCCGUGGUCUGACCUGGUCUCUGUGAUGUCCCCAGGAAAUGUUCACUCCCGAGUGUAAGUUCAAGGAGUCCGUGUUCGAGAACUACUACGUCAUCUACUCGUCCACCGUGUACCGGCAGCAGGAGUCCGGCCGGGCCUGGUUCCUGGGCCUCACCAAGGAAGGGCAGGUGAUGAAGGGGAACAGGGUGAAGAAGACUAAGCCCUCCUCGCAUUUCGUGCCCAGGCCCAUAGAAGUUUGCAUGUACAGAGAGCCGUCACUGCAUGAAAUCGAGGAGAAGCAGCGUUCGAGGAAAAGUUCAGGGACUCCCACUAUGAACGGAGGCAAAGUGGUCAAUCAGGAAGCCACAUAGCAGGACCUGGAGUCACCUCCUCCUCCUCCUCUUCCUCCUCCUCCUCCUCCUCCUCCUCUUCCUCCUCUUCCUCUUCCCUGCCCUGCGCCUCCUUGCGACCGGAACUCCUGCAUUUCUUACACCACGUGCAAUGGAACAAUGAAACAUGGAACACGGAACACGGAAAAAAACCGGAUCCUUCUUGCCUGUGAAACAUUUUAGACGAAAAUAGGGAAAAUAAAUAUUUUAAAUCAGGACACUUAAUUUACAUUUUAUGCAAAAGUCUGUGAAACACUGAAAAGUUAAUCUCAUAACUAUAUUUAACAUUAUAUAAGCUUUAAACCAUGUUAGAAUUUUCACUGCUUCUUUUCUGAAUGCAUCAGAGCUUUCACCUGCCUUCAUGUGUUGCUAUAAUUAUCAUGUGUAAUAUUAUUCUUAUUGUUAUUAUGAAUGAUUCCUCUUUCUUUUCCAGAUUAAUUUUGUGUUUUGGACUGCAGUUUGUGCUCACACUUUGAGGGUUCUCUGUUUGGGAAAACUGAUGAAGUUGUGCCAGUACUCAGUGUGUGUGCAUGUGUGUGUGUGUGAGAGUGCGUGUGUGUGUUGGGGGUGGGGGGGUGGGGUUUAGCAGUUAACGCGCAGGUAGUGGGUGUGUGGGUGUCAGAGGUCAGAGGUUAGGUGGAUAGGGGUAGGGUGGGAGUCAGGCCAGGUUACGGUCCGAGGUCAGGUGGGUAGGGGUCAGUGGAAGGUCAGAUAAAGUUGGGGUCAGAAGAAUGGUGGGUAGCGUGCCUCAGGAUCAUGGAGAAUUAGGGUCAGAGGUCAUGUGAAUAGGCACUGGGCAUGGAGGGGAGGUCAGAUGAUCUAGGGACCAGAAGACAGGUAAACGGGUCUCAGACGGAUCCAGGGAAUUAGGGUUCCAGUUCAGGGUGGAUCGCGUCAGAGAGGGGAAUGUGUCCGUCAGAAGCGAGCGGGACCUGCUGGAGCAGGGAGUGGGAGGGUCAGACCCAUGUCACAGAGUGGGCGGAGUCAAUGAGGUCACAGUAGUUUUGUCAUAGCGAGGGUUUCUAUUCCUCUGGCCGCUCCUGGUCCAUUCUGCAAUUGCCUAGCCUGUGAGCUACCCGGAUUUUGAGGGGGGUGGGGGGUAGGGGGGGGGUGUCUGGUGACCCCUGCGUUGCCAGGGUCCCGCUGGAGGAUGGCCCGGUCUGGUCCCGUGAGCGCUGAGUCAGGGGAGAGGGGGCAGCACAAUGACCCCCCCCCCCCAAUUUUCUCACCGGCCUGCUGGCCUCUGUAAUCUCAGGGAGAAAAGAUCCCGGCCCAGGAGUGGAGACUGUUAAUAACACCCCUAAAAACGGCAGACCCGUCCCACUGCACAUUUACGGGACUCUGGGCUCGGGGGUGGGGGGGGGGGGGGCGGGGCGGGUAGGGGAGGGGAGCGGGGAGGUGAGGGGGGAGAGGGGAGGGUUCUCCGUGUGCAAAUACGCUCAUGAUCUGUCCAAUGUCUUCCAUUUGAGAACAAGGGGUGCCCGAUCCCACUCAAUCCAAUACGAACGCCUCACUCUGAGGGAGAAGGAUGGAAAGAGAGAACGGUGGAUUAAUGGAGGGAGGAAAUGAAAGAAAAAGUGAGUGGAUUGUCUGUCGCACGGACGACCACCGGUAUGCAAAGGUGUUUUUUUUUUUUUUUUAUUGGAUUAAACUUAUUAUUUGUGUUUGUACCUUAUAUAAACACCUUCAUAUAUGCAUUAUGAAAAAGAAGAAAAAUAUUUAAAUUAAGCUGCAGAAUGAACGAAAAUGAUUUGAAAAUAAAAAUAUUAUACCAAAAA